AGAGAUUAGGAUGCGUUACACAAAAUCUCUCCUCUCCUCUCCUCUCUCUCUCUUUCGAUCUACCCAAAGUCGCGGGAGCGAAUAGUAAAACAACACCGACAUGUCCGAUCACCACCACCACGCGCGGCUGAACCGUCUCCGCACAACCUCCCAGCUCCUCCGUCAAACCACCGCAUCCUUCUCCUCGCACCCCCUCACUUUCAUCUUCCUAACUUUCCUCCUCUUCUCCUUCCACUCCCUCCUCGACCACUUCUCCCUCCUCCUCACCUCCUUCGUCGACACCGACCCUUCCCUCCGCUCCCUCCUCUCCCGCCUCCCCAACUCCCCCACGCACCUCAAUCAUCAUCAUCACCAUCACCCACGCGCUCCCUUCCUCCAGCUCACGCGCCUCGGCACUUUAGACGACGACUUCUUCUCCACGGACGAGCACGAUCCCUACCGCCGAUCCCUCCAAGGCUCCCCCUUUCGGUCUCCCCUCAACGCCACGACCCUAAUCCUCUCCGGAUUCGAUCGCAUUCCCGGCUUCCAACGCCCAAUCGGAGACAACGGCCUCUCCUUACCUCAGAUCAUCCGCUCCGGCUUCUCCUUGCAGGAGCCGAAAGAUCGAGAAGAAGACGAAUCUGGGCACGAUCAAGAACCCGAGAGCGAUAAGAAAGACCAAGACUUUGAUGAUAGUUUCGUGGAUCUGAAGCUCUUCCUCAAGGGGCUACACCUCGGCCGCGGCGGCGGCGGCGACGCGGCGGCUCUGUUUUAUUUAGUGAGCUUCUUAUCCGCCGCCUACGGAUGGGUGAUCCUAGGGUUUACCACAGUGUACUCGUUGGUGUUAGCGAUUAUGUUUGUUACUGUAGUCAACGAUUUGCUCGGUAGGUUUCCUUCUUUCGUCGACUCUGUGUGGAGUGGUUCGAGAUUAGGGUUUAAGAGAGUCACUGGUUUUGUUUUGAUGAGGUGGGCGGUGAGAGACGCUUUGACGCAGCUUCUUGGUUUGUGGUAUUUUGGCGAGGUGGAGGAUCAGUACUCGUUUUUUUGUGUCUUUGUGAGGCUAAAGCUGAUGCCUUUCACGGUUAUGCCGCCGUGGAUCCGAGGGUUCGAGAAGGAGAUCUCUGGGUUCUUGUUCGCUUGGUUUUUAACUGAUACGCUUAUUGGUUUGGUGUUGGCGCUUGAUGCUUUUGUUGCCGUUGUGGAUCCGAGGAUGAGGGGGAGGGAGAUUGUGAAGGAAGGGCUUUACUUGGUGUCUCUUUUGUUGCAUCAGGCUGUGCAGAUCAAGUGUCUUGAAGCGAUUCUCUGUGGGUCUUUCUUCAGAUGGGCUUUGAUUCGUGUUGUGGGGAAAGGGUUUGCUUCUGUGGUUCAGUCCGCGUUGGAGGUUUACUUCACGGCGGUUUGGUUAGUGUUUUACUUAGCGGUUAGGUGUAAAGAUGCAAAUGCGGAAGGUAGGAGGUUUGGGAGAAGAGAGAUGGAGAAUAUGGUUGAUGGGAUAAGAUGAUAAUGAAUUGGUUCUCUGUAGAAUAAGCUUUCAGUUUUCGAAGGAGUCAAUGCCAAUGGCUACAUCUCUGUGCCUCCUUUGGUUUUAGAGUUGCAGUUGAUUCAUGUGAUUGCCAACAAUUUGAUGUAUGUAACGCUGUGAGCUGUGAAAGAGAGGAAGCAUUAUACGACUACUGUGUAUACUCAUUUGCAAGAGUGUGUCUCUUUUGUAUAUAUCUUGCUGCAGUUGUUGAUGUCAAUUGUACCUAUCUUGUGACCUAUUUGUCCCAGCCGUUUUGAUCUUUAUUUAUGUUUAUGCAUUCUUUGGAUAGACGCAA